UCAAGGCGGCAUGGAGGAUGGUAGGGCUGUGUAGCUGAACAGAGGGGAAGAGAAGCAUCUUUCGUUGCUGACGAAUGUCAUAAUCAAUUAUCGUGAUCGCAAUGAUUUGACUAGCACUACCGUUCAUCACUAGUAUUUUACAACUUCAUUAGAACAUCUGUCAACGAUGGAAACCAAGAAGCACAGAGUAUAUAAGGUCGUCCUCACCGGAGGCCCCUGCGGUGGCAAAACUACCGGACAAUCACGUCUGUGCACGUUUUUUGAAAAUAUGGGAUGGAAGGUAUUUAGAGUACCAGAAACAGCAACAGUUCUUUUGAGUGGUGGGAUAAAAUUCACAGAUCUCUCAGCACAAGAGGUGUUGGCGUUCGUACCUCACUCGUGUCCAAUUUGUGUGGCGAAGUGCACUGGACAUGGCAACAGUAGUGAGGCAUUCAAAUUCCAGGAAAAUCUUCUGAAAACCAUGCUGCAGAUAGAAAAUACUUUCUUUGCUCUUGGAGAAUCCUGUAGUAGAGAUUGUUUGAUUAUCUGUGAUAGAGGUGCCAUGGAUGCUUCAGCCUUUAUAUCAAAGGAAAAAUGGGAAAGGAUGAUGUCAUCAAAUGCUUGGAAUUCAGUCGAAUUAAGAGACAAUCGUUACAAUCAGAUUAUCCACAUGGUUUCAGCUGCUAAUGGUGCUGAAGAUUUUUAUUCAACAGAGGAUCAUGCAUGUCGCAGUGAGGGUAUAGAUUUAGCACGAGAUUUGGAUUAUAAAGCAGCAGCUGCAUGGGUUGGACAUCCGUAUUUUGAUGUUAUUGAUAAUUCUACAGAUUUUGAAAUGAAGAUCUGUAGGAUGAUUGAUAGUGUGUGCCAAAAACUGGGUAUUGAUACUGGUGAUCGUCUUCGAACAAAUUCAAGAAAGCUUAAAUUUUUGGUUGGGAGCUUGCCGCCUGAUUCACUUUUUCCACCUUUUCAAGAUUUUGAUGUUGUGCACAAUUAUUUACAGACAAACACACCCAGUAUGCAAGCUCGUCUAAGGAAAAGAGGCCAAAAUGGUCACUGGAGCUACAUACACACAAUCCGAAAGCCAAAGAUUCGUGACCAGAUUGUGGAAGUGAGAACUCAGCUCACUCACAGAGACUAUAUAAAUAUGUUGGCCCAAAAAGAUGACUCACAUUUCACAAUUUUCAAGAAAAGGAGAUGUUUCCUUGUUAAUAACCAAUAUUUCCAGCUGGAUAUUUACAAAGAGCCAUGUCAUCCAAGGUGUAAAGGUCUUGUCCUGCUUGAAACAUACACAAGUGCUGAUGAUAGUGAACUACACAGAAUUCUCCCUCAGUUCCUGACCAUCAUAAAAGAAGUCACGGGCAAUCCUAAUUUUUCCAUGUUCAAUCUCUCCCUACGUGAAGAAUGGGAUACUACAAAGAAAUUCUGUCACUCAUUGCAAGGUACUGUUGAUGAAGCAACUGGAGACAUACAAAAAAAUGGGCAGAAAGAGCCUCAGCUAGUAAAUGGAGUGUAAGAAAAUAUUUAUAUUGCUACUUUCAAAUGCAUAUAGAAGAUGGCAUUGAAAUUAAUCUCAUUUUACAAAGUGUAAAAGUUGUACUUUUCUGUGAAAAUAGUAAGUAAGUUUCCUUUGUUCUUGUUAGUUGAAAUGGCAAGAGCAUUGCUAAAACACACUAAAUUUAUUUUACAAUAGUGUGUUUAGCUGUAAAUAAAUAAAUUUCUUACUGCAGUUAAAUUUUGGCUACAUUAACUUUAUAUUGAAAUUAUAUUAAUCACUGAAAGCUCAUUUUAAGAAAAGGUAAUGGAAAAAGUUUCAUUUGCACUGAACUUCUACUUGGGGGGGGGGGGGGGGGGGCAGUGAAGAGGAAAAUAGAAAGAGAAACAUAAGGGGAGAAAUUGAGAAGAAAUUAAAAAUAUUUUUUGGGAAGUGUCUAAACACAUACAAGAAGAAAACAGAUUAAGAGACACACAAUGAGAGGUCACUAUUUUCAAGUGGCUGUAUGAUGUUACGUGUGUGUGUGUGUGUGUGUGUGUGUGUGUGUGUGUGUGUGUGUGUGUGUGUGUGUGUGUGCGCGCGCGCGCAUGUGCGCGCACACACACACACACACACACACACACACACACACACACACGUUUUUUCUAGUUUUAGUACACACACUGGUGACACCCAAAGUUUUUUAGGCCAUUUUCUUUGAAGCUGUAGGCUAUCCAUUAAGAAACCUUAAUUAUUUAUUACUGAGAGUUGGUUUUUUAUCUUGACAGAAAUUUCCUCAAUUGUCUGGUUAGUUUUCCUGGCCCAUAAUUUUAUUAUGUUUCAACUAUUUAUUACAUUAUUAGCACCAGAAAGAUUUUCUUGUUGCAUAUUCAUACAUUUUGAUGUCUGCUGUCUUUGUGAUGCUCAUUACCUUAGAGUAAGAGUAUCAACAAAGGUGCAUGACACAUUUGGUGUGUGUGCGAAUUACGCAAGAUAAAGUGGAAUAGCUCAAAAGCUUGGAACAUGUCCAUUGUGUUACAUCUGUCUGUGCUUCAGAAAAUUGUGGUGUAGCUAUGUACUUGAAGUAGUUGGGCAGGCCAGCAUAUGACAAGUGACUUAACAUUACUUAGUGACAUCCGCUAUAAAAAAAAAUUAAGAAUUUCUGAAGAUAUGGAAUGAAAAAACUACUGAAUUGAAGAAAAAGUAAUUUAUUCCAAUACUUCACAAUUUCUUUUGCCUUUUAAUUUGGUAUCAUCAAAAGAGCAAAUAACAUGCAAUUAACAUUAUGAAUGCAGGCUAAUUUGUGACCUAUGUAUUCAGUUAGUAACAUGUCCCUCUGAUUUUCCAAAUUAACUUUUGUUAGAUGAAAUAUUCCAUACAAGUAAAUUUCUCUGUAAAAUCGUGGACAUGUGGAAAAGGUUAAAUUUGAGCAGCAUACUGUAAAUGACUCAUGUUGAAUAAUUUGACCCAUUAUGCUCCAAGUUUAAACACACUGUACGGUACACUGACAAUGGACAUUUAGAAGAUAUGUUAAAUAUAUCUGAAACUAGCUUCUGCUUGUACAUAUCACUUAGUGAUGAUGAUGUGAAUGCAAAUCUUGGCACUGUAUCUAGUAAGAGACAAAAACUGUGCACAGGCACAGUAAAUUGGCAAGAUAAAAGAAGCCACUUUGAUGAGUCAUAUCACUGUUGCUAAAUGCAAGUUAUUUGUGGAAUGCUUUAUAUCACUGUAUAAUAAUUUGUUACGUAAGAUAAAGCAGUGCUCUUACCAUUUCAUAGAAUUUGUGAUUUAUUUGAUAAGUAUUGCUUGUACCUCAGACUGAUACACACAUUGGUGAAUAGAGAAACUUCCUGAAGUCCUUUUCCACUUGUAGCGUAUGCUUGUAGGUUUCACUGAUUCAUAGUGUGUUGUGUCUUCUGAGUGACAGAUUUCAUUUUACUACCUUAGUACAUCUAGUCAUUAAUUGCAACUGGCAUACAAUAUUACUGAAAGGUUACACAGUAGUAUCUUAACUGUUGUUUCUGUUUUGUCUGGUACUUACAGCUGUUUUGAUGACAUCCUCAUUUCAAAAUCAGCUUUUGUCUCCUACUGUGUGGUGUAUUGUGUGCAUUGUUGCAAAUGUCUUUCUUGCAGAUUGAAGUAGGCCAAUGUUAGUGCCUUUUUGUUAAUUGAAAUUGUAUUAUGUGAUAUCUUCUUACUUUAGGCAUUGUGUUUUUACUCUAUGGUUAUACAAGUAAUUGAAAGGGAUUUUUGAAAAGAAAACAAAGUAUUUGUAUUUUUAUGUCACAGAAUCACACAAAACAGCUUUAUAUUUUCACUUACAUUGGAAAUUCCAAUGAAUUCAAAUAGUGGAUCAUAACUGCUAGUUGAAGUAUUUCAAAGACAGUAUUGUAUUGUGUACUUAAAAUGGUUCCAGAAAGACAAUUUUCUUUGUACCUGUAGCUUUUCAUUGUUACUUUUUACCUGUGUGCAUACAUUGUGUGUGUUUGAACUGUCCUAAUAUCUGUUACAAGUAAUAUAACUUUUGUUUUGCACUUCUUGCUGAAAGAGGAGCAGUUUAUUCACUAAAUUGAAAGCUUUUUUAUCUUACUUUUGUCACUGAUGAUACAGUGUGACUGUAUUUGCAAUACAUUGUUGCUGACUAAAGUUAAAUCCCUGUGUUGCAGCAGAAGUUAGGCACUGAAUAUUUUGAAUAUUAUAAAGUCCUGUUUUAUAUCUUCAUUUCUUUUUCCUGAUUGCUUUAUAUGAUGCUUCUGAUUUCAUGUUCCAAAACUUCUAUUAUAUUUAGUAUUCAACAACAAUAGCACAGUAACUGUACAACUAUUUGGCAUCAUCAUUGUACUCAAUUCUGAUUUCUGAGUUAAAAUACUGUUUGUUAUGGAUCAUAGUAUUACUAAGUGUUUUGCAUAACAUUAUAAUAAUUCACUAUAUGACACAGAAGGCAUGUCCCAAAAUUUAGGACAGAAUUGUAACAAUUACCAACCCAAUAUUUUUUUUUAAUUAUGCUAAAUCUGUUAGUAAAAGAAUUAGAAUUGUUCACAGAACUAAUGGAAGUUCCAGUAUGACCCACAGGUCAGAGAGGAAUUGGUUAUAUUAAUUUGCACUCUCUCAUUAGUUUGUUUCCCUCUUUAGUUAUUAUAGAUAAAGUUAAUGCUUUUCCCAUCUCUUAUUAUUUUGUGAUCACUUGUACCAAAAUUACGCUCCAUACAUUUUUAUAUAUAUAAAAAAACAGUGGUUCAGAUAGUGUACGUCUGUCAUGUGCACUGAAACCAAUUAAGAUAUGUAUCUUCCAUGUCUUUACUGACUAGCUGUUACCACACACCUUAAAAAACAAACUGUAAGGAAUCAUAAUAUUUUAAAUGACUUCAGCCUAAGAUAUUUUAAUCUUCAAGAAAGUUUGUAUUUUUUGUGCAUAAUGUGCUAUAAAAAGUCAAAGCUUAUUAAUAACUAUUUUUCCAUCACUUCAAAAUCUUUCAUAUGAAAACACUCAAAGGCAUUAAAGAACAUAACCCUCCAUAUAUAGAUGUGCCUCAGUAUUAUUUUAUUUUCUCCAUUUUAAGUAAAAUAAUUUGUACAUUAAAAUUGUUUCACAUGCCAAAAUUAUUUAUAUGCAUAUAAUUUAGUUGCAACAGGGUCCACAGCUGUGAUAUACUUCUUGAAACAAAUAAGUUUUCUUAAUUGGCUGUUUUUCAUUUCCAUGCUAUUUUGUGUAUCAUAUUAUUUUGGCUCUGUAGCCAUUUUCAGGUAAAAUGUUUAACCUGUUUACUAUUUGUUUCAGGUUAGUUGUAUAAUUUUAUGUGUGUCUGUUGUUGGCUGGGCUUGAGAGCUAUAGCCAUGAUAAUUGUUAUAGUACAAACAGUAGCACACAAGCAAGCCAUUUACUAUCCUCAGAAUUGUGUGAGUGUAACCUGAAGCAACAUAGUACACAAAAUGAAAUGGAAAUGAAUGACAGCCAGUUCAGGAAACUUAUUUCUUCCAAGAUAUUUAUAUGCAGUUAAUGCAAAUACUGUCUGGAUUCAAUAACUGCAUUAGAAUUGUACCUUUUAACGCUAUGGACUAUGGGUUUCAGUUCUCAGUGAUCAACAGAUUUGCAAGUGUGCCUGUAUAGUAUAUAUACUUAACAUCUCAUCAGAAAUGAUGUAAAAUACAAGUAAUAUCUGUAAGAUUUUGUGAUCUGUAACCUGUAGACCACUGUAACAAUGCACCCAGCAGUAUUAAAAUGUUCUAUUUUUUCAUAGUGUGAAAUAGUGAUGUAAUAAUCAUGUUUCUCAGUAACUUCAUUUUUUUUGUGUCAUGUAGUAAAGCAAAUUAAAUUUCUUGUUGGUAUUGCAGUUUUAAGAAUUGUUUUCAAAAAUAAAUGAAGAAGACCAUA